AUGGAGGUCCCUGCAGUGGAAGAUUCGAUGGAGAUGGCCUCUCCCUACCAGGGACAGGCGGAUGAUUUUGACAUCGACAUCGACCUGAUGGAGGACCAUGUCUCCAACAUGGACAGCGAUAUGAUGGGAGCAGAUGACUACCCUAACACCUCUCAGCCCUCCCUUUUCAACACCGAGGCAAAUGACGAUGCUGAUAUGGUUGACGAGUCCACCGAAGGCUCGAUGGUCGACGCCGACGUCGCCGACGAAGACAACGAUAUCGACGUGCAGUACGAAGAAGCUACAUUCGAAGCAGAGAUGCUGGAAGGCGAUCAAGUCGAAGAGAUCGAUACCCCUCUUCCCACCAUCCAUAUUGAAGUUCAAGCAGAAAACAAGAACAGCGGAGACGAGCCCAGCCAGAAGAUUCCCACGGAAAACGGCGAGGUGCAGCAGCCGUCCAUCCAAGAGGGCCAAGGAACCGUCCUUUCAGAAGCGGUUUCCACGGCGAAUGAGCCCCAGGAUCCCCAGGUUCAAGAACAGACCAUUUUCUUAGAGUCUAGUGAAAAUUCCAGUAGCCAACCCGAACAAUCCGAGGGCUACGAAAACCAGAGGAAUGGCGAGGCUCGUGUCGACCACCCGGAGACCGAGCCUCAGGAGACUAAUGAGACUACUGAGACUACUGAGAGCAACGUCCCUGUUGCUGAAGAACACCAUGAUCAUGUCGACACCUCUGAGAAUGUUCCAAAUGUUGAGUCCGCUCAAGUCAAAUCAACCGAUCAUGGAGUCGGAGACGGAAUUUCCGAGCAACCAGAGACCCAUGACUUGCAUGAAACGGAAGACCAGCCCACCCACGAUGAUGGGUCCCUCCUCCCAGUGAAGGUUCUCUAUCAGGAAGCAGAGAUUUCUCUGUUCCCGCCCAUGGAAGGUGAUUCCGCUGAGACAUUUUUCCUUCACGAUGAAGAUGUCGCCUAUGACAAUGUUGGUAAAUUGUUCGGCUCUCUUCGCGAGGUGCUUCUGGAUAAUGUCGCCGAGAACGAGGUCCUGGUUAUUGAUAUUGACUCGCUUGGUAUUCAAAUAACAGAGGACUCCUCGCACGCGUCCAAUAUCACUUUACAUCGAAUCCUGGACAUUUACCUUCGACUUUGUCAUAACGAUGGCACUGACAAGCCAGAGGCUUUGUAUCUCACGUUGAGUAGCAGACUGGCGGUUCAUUCCGAAUUAGCCGCUCUGGAGGUUGCUGCCAAUGAAGGCAAAGGACUGUCUCAAGUUCACCCCUGGAGUGAAUACGAGGAUGGAGAAGAUCAUGAGGAUUCUCUAGUUGCGGAGCACCUCCUCGAGGAGUCCCAUGGAGAUGAAGAUCACCACGACCAGUCUACCCAUGAAAUUCAAGAAACUCACCAAGAACAGGCUCCGCCUAGUGGCGAGACCCCCUCCCAGGUGCAUACAGUCAAUGAUGAUGCUCAGAAAACUCCCGUUGAGGCCAUUCACGAGCCUUUCUCUAGUGAGCACGAUUCCCAGGUUGAGCCUGGAACCGGCGCUACCGAAAUACAGCAGGAAGAAGAGACGGCUCGGGCAGUUUCAUCAAAGCUUGCUGAAGAGAAUGCGCACGAUUAUGGUGAAGAACCGUAUGAAGAGUCUUAUGACUCCGAAGCUCACAAGACGGAGUCCACCGCCACUGUUGUGCCGGCAUCUGAUCAAAUCAGGGCUAAUGAAUCCACGGAAGACGUCUCAGCUGAUGUUGCUGAAAGUGCUUUGGAGCAACAUGAUGCAGACGAAGAAGAUGGCAAUGAUCCGGAAGGUGAAGAAUUUAAUGAUGAAGACUACGAUGAAGAAUCGUCCGGUCAGGAUGAUUACUCUGGCCACGAAGGACUAGAGCAUGAAGAGUUCCAAGAAAAGGUUGUUGGAGAAGAGAACGAUGACUCCGGAGCCGAGGACGAUGCCUAUCCUGUCGACUUCGUUUCCGCUCAUGACGACGAAGCUUCCAAUGAGCUCGAUGUUGCACCAGCAAAUGAGGAUGCCUCGGCCGACACUUUGCAAGAAGAUGUUGAUCAUGAAUCGAAUUACGAAUCAGAACCAACGAUGGAGAAUACGCCACAGGAGGAACCCGGGAACCACGAGAGAGCCCCAGAACUUGAGGAUGACCUGCUUGGAAUCGCCGAAGACGUGAUGCAAACCCCCGCCAAAGAUCUGGAGGACGAUCUCGAACACAUCGAGAGCGUAGAUCUGGAGCAAGAACUGGAGGAUGGUUUCCCUGACGCUCCCACUGUGGACGGGAACGGUGCAAACGGCGAUCAGGCUGACGACGGCAACGGCGAAUAUGACGACUACACGGCCUUUGAAGUCUCGGAUCGGAUUGAGCUGGGUGAAAUUGAUCCUUCCCAUACUGACUCCCACCAACCCCAUGAGAAUCCCUCUACCAAGCGGUCCCGUGAGGAGGAGGAUGAAUGGGAUAUUGAGGAGACCUCAACCCUCGAGAACAAGCGUCGCCGCCCUUCGUAA